AUGGCGCCGCUCGCCAAGGUGGGCGGGCUCGGCGACGUCGUCACCGGGUUGGCGCGCGCGCACUCGCUCGCGGGGCACAACGUCGAGGUCGUGCUGCCGUUUUACUCGAGCCUCGCGCCCUCGGACAUCGAGAACUUGACGCACGUGAUGGACUUUGGCGUCCCGAAGGGCCGCGAGAAGGAGUGGGACGGCGUGAAGACGAUGGAGAACUUCACGGUGCAGACGGCGAUGUACACGGGGAAGAUCGACGGCUGCGACGUGAUCCUCCUCAAGCCCGCGUCCACGGAGAACAGCAACAUCUUCGUCGGAAACAAAAUCUACGGCGGGUCGUACAACGAGCUCGAGGCGUACUUGUACUUUUGCCGCGCGAGUCUGGAGAUGCUGCGAGCGACGGGGAGAGAUCCGAACGUGAUUCACGUCCACGAGUGGCAGUGCAGCGCGGUCGCGAUGCUGUACUGGGACGUCUACCACGCCGAGGGGAUGCUGCACAACGCCAAGGUGAUGCUCACGAUCCACAACAUGGACAACACCGGGGAGUGCCGCCAGGAGGAGUUCAUCGCGACGGGCGUGCAAGGGGAGAGUUUCAACACGCUCGAAAAGGCGAUGGACGAGAGAACCAUCGGGCACAACCCGGAGCGGAUGUGCCUGCUCAAGGGCGCCAUCGUGUACUCCAACUUCGUGACGACGGUGAGCCCGACGUACGCGGCGGACGCGCUGCGCGGCGGCGGCGGGUUCCUCGCGAAGACGCUCAUGGCGAGCCGCGGCAAGUUUAUGGGCGUCCUGAACGGCGUCGACGAAAAGCUGUGGGACGCGAGGCUGGAUCCGUACCUCCCCGCGAGCUUCGCGCCCGGCAGGAUGGAGGGUAAGGCGAUCUGUAAGCGGUACCUCCAGGAAGGGUUGGGCCUCGAGGUGAGCGACGAGAAGCCGCUCGUGGUGUGCGUCUCUCGACUCGUCCCGCAGAAGGGCAUCCAUCUCAUCGACCACGCGAUCAAGCGAACCAAGGCGCAGGGCGGGCAGUUCGUGCUUCUCGGGUCGGGACACUCGGACCCGCCGUUUCAGGCGAUGGCGGAGAACGAGUUCAAGGACGAUCCGGACGUGCGUCUGCUCAUCUUCUACAGCGACCCGCUGUCGCACCUGAUGUACGCCGCCGCGGACAUGGUGCUCGUGCCGUCGAUGUUCGAGCCGUGCGGCCUGACGCAGAUGAUCGCCAUGGAGUACGGCGCGUUGCCCGUGGUCAGAAAAACCGGCGGCCUCGCGGACACCGUCUUCGACGUCGACGACGGAUCCAUACCCGAGGAGCGGAAGAACGGGUUCGUGUUCGAGGGCGGGGACGAGCGGAGCCUGGACGACGCGCUGGACCGCGGGAUCGAGUACUGUCAGGAGAGGAAGGAGUGGUGGGCGAGCAUGCAGGAGAAGGUGAUGAAGAGCGAUAACAGCUGGGAACGCGCGGGGGCGGAGUACGAGCGUUUGUACCGCGCGAUGCAGAGCGCGAUGUGAAAACGCGACGCGACGACCGAUCUUGAGGCGUCACGCGGCGCGCGCGGGGGAGGGGGGUAGGGACAGUUGAUUGUUUUGCUAGCACGCGAGGCGGCGUCUCGCGAUGUGAUCAUACGAACGAUUGAACG